CCGCCCCCGGGGCGCAGCCUGCUCGUCACCGGGUUAUGCUAUUCGUACCUGAACAAAGUUUAGAAAGUUGUUUAAAUCUUCCUGCACUUUUACUUCCACCCUGAGGCGUGUGUGGAACUUCGUCAGUCAGUGCGCAGGGCUCGUUUUGCACCUUCGCCUGGGCGCCUGCAGGAAGUUGCGGGAGAGUUCAGACCAGAAUUUGUAAGUAAAUGGGAUAGCAGCAUCCCAAAAUAUUCAGUGACAAGAUUCUGACAAUGGACAGAAUGCAAGGAGACUGUGCCAGUCCUCUGCCCUCAGGAGAUGCAGAGAAGAGCAGGACUGGAGAAGAGGACCCAGGACCAACUGUGCUGGGAAAAGCACAUGAGUUCUUUCAGAUUUGUGAUGUGGAAGGCAAAGGCUUCAUCACUUGCCAAGACAUGCAGAGACUGUAUCCUGAGUUACCUCUUAGCCUGGAAGAGCUUGAAAAAGUUUUUGUUAUGUUGGAUGCGGAUGGCAAUGGCUCACUUACCCCAAAGGAGUUCACCACAGGAUUCAGCCAGUUUCUUUUGGGGCAGAUUGCUUUAAAUAAAGAAAUGCAACAAUCAGAAGCUGAAACAGCCUGCCUACCUAAAAGUGAAGAGACUGUGAGAGAUGAUGAUGAUGAGGAAUUCCAGUUCUCAAAUCUGAUGGAUCGUCUUGGAGCAAAAAAGGUCUUGGAGGAUGAAAGUGAUGUGAAGCAGCUUUGGUUGCAGCUGAGAAAAGAUGAAUCUCACUUACUUUCCAGUUUUGAAGAGUUCCUGGCCAGAAUUUUUUCCCAGCUCCAGGAUGCAGAUAAUGAAAAGAAUGAGUUGGAAUGGGCUCUAAAAAAAAAAACUGCAGCUUUUGAUGAAGAAAUUCAAAAUCUCUAUGAAGAAAUGGAACAGCAAAUCAAAAAGGAGAAAGAGGAGUUUCUCUUGAAAGACACAGAGAGGUUUCAGUCCUACAGUCAAGAGCUGGAGUGCAAGCUCUUGUCGAAAGAACAAGAACUGGAACAAUUGGUUCAAAACCAGAAAAGGUUGGAGCAACAAUGUACAGAACUUCUCAGUGGCAAACAAGAAACCAAAGUAGAGAACACCAAGCUGAAGCUGACUAACCAGGAGCUGCUGGAUGACCUAGUGAGAACUUCUCAUGAUCUGCACUUGGCUCAACAACAGUUACAGGUUCUUCAGGAGGAAGCAUCAAGGCUACACGAGGAAAAGGAAAUAGAAGUAUACCGUGUGACAGAAACCUUACAGAGGGAGAAGUCAGGACUUCUGAAACAGCUGGAUUUCUUAAGGGAGAGGAACAAACAUCUCAAAGACGAACGUGACAUAUUUUUACAGCAAUGCAAAACAAGUGCUCGAAAAGCCAGCUGGAAGCAAAGAACAGGGUCUGUCAUUGGGAAAUACAUAGAAGGCAAUGUGCUGCCUAAUAGCUGUUCAUUUGAAGAUGAUGUUUUCAAUAACUCAUCAAAAAGAAUGAAUUCUGCUGGAUUGAAUGGAUUUCCCUCUGUUGAGCCUGAUGCUGGAGCCACUGGAGGAAUGUCUAAAGCAUCCCAUCUCCAAAGAAUAAUAUCAAUUGAGGAAGAUCACUUACCCCAGCUUCUUGAUAGGUCGUUUGAUAAGCAGCUGAGCAAACAGACAGAAGAUGAGAGUACUUCUUUUGAGAUGGAAUUAGAUAAGAAAAACACAGAACCAUCAAUGGAACACUCACCACCAUCUUCUAGAGGGCAGCCAGCAGGGAAGGAAGCACUUUCAAAUGAGGAGGGAAUAAAAUCUGUUCCUGACCGCUUAUUCAAGAUAAUUUUUGUGGGCAAUUCAAGUGUCGGAAAGACUUCAUUCUUAAGGCGAUUUUGUGAAGAUCGUUUUUUCCCAGGCACAGCUGCCACUGUAGGUGUGGAUUACAAUGUGAAAACCAUCACAGUAGAUAAUACCCAGGUGGCACUACAACUCUGGGACACUGCUGGCCAGGAACGGUACCGAAGUAUUACCAAGCAGUUUUUCAGAAAAGCUGAUGGUGUCAUUGUAAUGUAUGAUAUAAGCAAAGACACAUUCACAGCUGUCAAGCAGUGGCUGAUAAGCAUUGAGGAGGGAACAGGGGAGAAUGUACCUGUGCUUUUGCUGGGUAAUAAAACUGAUAAUGAAAAGGAACGCGAGGUCCCUAAUGGAAUGGGAGAGCAUCUUGCUAAGGACUACAAUUUAAUUUUCUAUGAAUGCAGUGCAUAUUCUGGGCACAAUACCAAAAAGUCUGUGCUUCACUUAGCUAGGAUUUUAAAGGAACACGAAGAUAAAAUGAAGGAGAAAACCAUUGAACUUCAACCUGAUGUGAAUAAAAAGUCUUGCUGUAUUAGGCCAUAAUAUGCUGAGGGUGUGUUUAGACAAAAGGCUUACAUUUAUAACACUACAUGGCACUAUCAGAUUUGCCUUAUCUUCCAAAAAUUUAUUCUGUUGUGUUUGGAACGUAGGUGUAAGUGAUCCCCAAAAUCCUUGUAUGUUCUUAUCUUCACAUUUACACUGAUUGUCUUUAGUUAGUUGCAACGUGUUUGGGGCAUAACAGUCUUUUAUUCUGUUUCAUGCCUAACACCACUGAAUCCUGCUUUGUGAUCAGGCUUAUAGAAGCUGCUGCAUUAUUAAUAAUAAAUAACUUUUAUAGGAAGAAAACCACUUUGAAUGUGAAGUAGAUUUUUACUGGUGUGGAUGACAUCUGAAUAGUUCUGUUUGCUUCACUGCAGGAUCAGGUUCUUUCUUCAGAUCCUGAUUUUGUGCUGACAUUUGUUACUUUUUUUUUUUUUUGUGGUGGUGGUGCUUUUUUAAAAAUCAAAAUAGUCAGCUGCUUAGUUACUUAAAACCAGCACACCAGCAGUUGUGAAUUUCAGAUGAUAUUUCAAAACUUAGCAUGAAAUAUACAUGAACAAAGAGCUGAAGAACUUUGAGGAUUACCAUAAGUAGCAUUAACUUAUUCACACUACAAAUUGUUUCAUAUAUGUACUUGAUGAGAAGCCCUUCCUCCCACCUAGAUGUGCUGAAUUAGGUAUGUCCAUACAGGCCACUGAGAUACCGUGGAGCCUUGCCUGAGUUAUUACCAAAUAAUCUGUGAUGUUUGCAGGGUGAAGGGGUGCCAUGGAAAGAUCUAGCUUAGUUUCCAGAAACAAAAAAGUCAUGGUGAUAUACUGGCUAAUUAGCAUUGCACCUGGACCAAAUCAGCCCGGGCUUUUUACCAUAUUUGCCAUGGCUGUAUUACAUUGUGUUCCAGAGCUUGAUGUGAACCUCUAUUGGGCUAAUAGUUGCAUGGUGUCCUGUAGAAGUCCCAAAGCAAUCAGGGGCUAGCUUGAACAUUCAAAUAAAUUCACUGCAAUAGUUGAAAACAUAGAAGUACAUAGGAAGCCCAUUUCACUGUUAUACAUGGUUAUAGCACAAAACAUAUUAUGGUCAAUGGAGCAGCUUUUUGUUUCCAAAAGUCUACCACAGAAGGUUUCAUGCCAAAUAUUCCUGGGGCAGAAUUUUCAGAAAUGGAUCUUUUGAGGAAGAUUUUGAAAAACAUUGUAGCAUUUGAGGAGUACAUAACAAAAAUCUCACUAAUCUCAUCUGGUGGGGUUUAACAGUGUUAAGAAAAAAUCCCUCCUCAUGUACCAAAAUGCAUGACUGAUUUUUUUCUAAAGCAUCUGCCAUACAGCAGUUUCAUUUUGUUUAACUAGAGCCUGCUAACACUGAAAUACCGUGCUUGAGAAAUCAAAUCCAUAGGGAUUUGUUUUAGAAAACCAUGGUCCACCCUGGAUCAUAAAAAAACUGAAUGUCAUAAUUACGUUUGGAACCAUUUAUAGAAUAUAAAUGAAAAUGAGAAACUUGAGAGUGGGUCACCCAGCCAGCACAUGAUCAGCAGUCAUUCUUGCUGUCAUUUGACUUCAGUGAAUCCAGCUAUUGUGAUAAGCAUUCGAGAAUGAUUGUUCAUGAUGGUGAGUUUGUUAGCAAAGCAGAACCCAUGGCAUAAUUUAUUUCUUUAAAAUAUGAAGCAAAACUGUAAAUAUUUUAUAUGAGAAUGUUAGACAUUACAUUUUCAAUCCAUUUUCUAAAUGUUUUUAAAAAGUUAUUUUUCAUUUGAGUAAUGAAUUUGAAACUAAAUGGUAAAAUUAAGCAACAGUUCAAUAAGUAAUAAUAAGUAGAAUUUUUCAAAUAAAAACUUUGUCAGUACAUAAUUGUACUCUUUGGAUUUCAGUCUGAUCAAAGGUAUUUAUCUAGUGACAACAAUUAUAAGGUAAAGUUUGGAAACUUCCACUUAUAACAAAUUCCACACCAGCACUUAAAUGUUCUUUCUCAUGAGUUGGGACCCAGCUAUGACCCCUUUCCCUGUCAAGUAGAAUAACCAAGAUUUUUCCUCACAUUAUCAAUGUCAGAUGUACCAAGUAGUCCUAGAUGAGCUUAGUUUUUGCUUUUUCCUAGAUGAUUCCCGGGAAUCUGCUCACCCAAAUGAAAUACCCCUCCCCUUGCCUUCAUUGAAAUGCAUACAAACCCCCAAAGAACAAAAAGAGCAUUCAUUUCUGAAUAGGAACAGGUUUUCUGUUGGCUUCCCAAGACCAAUUCUUGAUGUCUGUUACUUAUUGUGAAGGGAUGUGCCAUGUUAUCAACUGUUACACUUUAUACAUCAUGGGAAUCUAGCCAGACUUGAAUUGCUUGUGUCCAGUUUUGGCUGAAGGUGAACUAAUGUAACCCCCUAAUUUAAACCUCAAUAAAAACGACUAUU